GACAGUUGACCUUUAAGGAACCUGACUCUGAGGAAUCUUCAUCUGUUAUGAUAGAUAAGAAAGGGACAGAAAAUUUGUUUUGGGGAGACCAGCAGGAUCUCCUUUCUGAAGACAGGGACAAACCUUUCAGCAGAGUUCAGAAAGUACAGUUCAAAAAUCCACUAUUUGCUGUGAUGAAAGAGGAAGAGCAAAAGCAAUUAGAUCUUCAAGGCCUUCAGAAUAUUUUUCCAGAAGCCCAGGAUUAUCUUCCAGAAGCCCAAGGUGAUCUGCUGGAAACCCAGGGUGAUUUGACAGGAAUCCAGAGUGUUGAGCUAGAAGCUGAGAGUAUUGAGCCAGAAGCCAAGAGUGUUGAGCCAAGACUCAGUACUCUGGCUAUUGAGCUGGAAAGCCAAGCUGUUGAGCCUGAAGCCCAGGCCAUUGAGCCUAAAGCCCAGGCUGUUAAGAUAAAAACUCAGGAUAUUAUGCCAGAAGCCCAGAAUAUUGAACUAGAUGAUGGGAGUAUUGUAUCUAAAGUCCAGGAUUUGCUACCCAAAGAACAGUGUGUUCUUCCCAAAGACCAGAAUAUUCUACCCAGAUGUCAGGACCAGGACUUUCUACUUAAAGACCAGGAUUUUCUACCCAAAGACCAGGAUAUUCUACCUGAAUGUCAGGACCAGCAUUUUCCAUCCAGAGACCAGCAUGUUCUCGCUGAAGACCAGAACAUUCAAUCCACAUUUCAGGACCAAGAUUUUCUACCCAAAGACCAGCAUCAGCAUUUUCUACCCAGAGAUCAGGAAGCAAAUUUGAAGCAGCCAGCAUCAAUUUUGAUAGGCCCAAGAGGGGGAGAGGCGUUUCCUCUGGUUGUCCGUCAGGAUCUUCUACCCAGGCAUCAGGAUCAGACUUCCACCAGGGACAAGAAAGUACGCUUCAAGGAGUCACAUUCUGAUAUGUCAAGUGAGAAAGGGAGAGAAGACUGUUCUCUGGCAGGUUAUCAGUAUCUGCCUCCUAAACUCCAGAACCAGACCUUCAUCAGAGAUCAGAGCAAGUAUAUCAAGCAACCCUCAUCUUGUGAGAAAUGGGAGAUUGAAAGAAGAAUUGCUUCUGAAGUGCCAUCGAGCUUAUACUUCAGGCAGCAGCCGUCUGUUGGGACAGCUGAGAGAUGGCAAGAGGAUUUGCUUCUGGACGACCAGCAGCAUCUGCCAGCCAAGCACCAGACAGAGGCUUCCAGCAGAAGACAGGUUUAUGAUGACUAUCAAUCAAAAUUGAACACUGAAUUCCAAAUUCCACUGACACUCCAAUCUGGAGUAGAUCAUGAAGAAGACAAGAAAGAGCGUCAAAAGCAAUACCUGAGAUAUAGACGACUUUUCAUGGAUAUUGAGAGAGAACAA